CUCGACCACACACUCACCUGCUGCACCGCCCCAGGCCAGGCCUACAUCUGGGGCCUCGCACGUAACCUCUGGCUGUUUGCCUACUCCGGCUGGUACAAACCCACGGCAUCCUCAAUACUAGAAUGCGGAGCCAUCUCUCUUCGCUCGACGACUGGUGCGACUGACACGGCAGCAUCCCGACUGUACCGCAUACUCUUAUCCAAAUUUGCAUACCUCAUCUGGAAGCUAUGCUGUGAGAGACACAUCAAACACACCAACCUCAAAGUAUCCUUCGAAACCGAACUUUGCAACCGCUGGAGCUCUACAAUACAAUGCCGUUAUGACCUCGACUGGGCCAUGACCAACGAUUGCUUUGGCAAGAAAACCCUGGACGGAAAGGUUGCCGCUCAAACAUGGAAUUCCAUC